AUGUAUGAGAAGAUCCAAGCCAGAAAAUCCGUGCCUCAACUUUACGAACAAAAGCUGAUCACGGAGGAAGUAUUGAGUAAAGGCGAAGCGUCAGAUGUGCGCACCUCGUACAAGGCAACGCUGGAGAAGGCAUUGUCAGCCGUUCCGUCUUAUCAACCCGCCACCUCUAUGCUUCAAGAACAGUGGAGCGGGAUGGUCUGGCCGGGGCGUAAUGAAGUCAUUUGGGAUCCCGAUACUGGCGUCGAUAAGGAGGCGUUGGUAAAUGUUGGAAAAGCUAGCAUUACUGUUCCCGAGGGCUUUGAAAUACACCCAAAGUUGCAGCGGCAUGUCAAGAACCGAGUACAGAGUAUUGAGUCUGGAAAAGGCUUGGAUUGGGCUACUGCGGAGGCUAUGGCGUUUGGCACCUUACUCACUGAAGGCUGUGAUGUUAGAAUUUCUGGACAAGAUGUCGGUCGUGGAACAUUCAGUCAACGACACGCGAUGUUGGUGGACCAGAAGACCGAGAGUGUCAAUGUCCCUCUGAAUCACCAGUUGGAUGCUCAAGGAAAGCUGGAACUGGCAAACAGCUCGUUGAGUGAAAUGGCCGUUUUAGGGUUCGAAUAUGGUGCUAGUUGGGAACGGCCAAACCUCUUGGCGAUCUGGGAAGCCCAGUUCGGAGACUUCUUUAACGGCGCUCAGAUCGUCAUCGACACCUUCGUUUCGUCGUCUGAAACCAAAUGGUUAAAACAAAGCGGAAUCGUUCUGCUCCUCCCCCAUGGUCUAGAUGGCGCUGGCCCUGAACAUUCUUCUUGUAGGUUGGAGCGUAUGUUACAGUUGACGGACGACAGGUUCACAUAUUCCCCCAAAGACGACGCGUACUUUAACGUCAACAUGCACGUCGUGUUCCCCACGACACCCGCUCAAUACUUCCACCUAUUGAGGCGCCAGUUGAAGCGGAACUACCGAAAACCUCUGAUUGUGGCUGCACCCAAAGGCUUGCUACGGUUAUCGGCUGCAGCCUCUUCGUUAUCGGAUCUGGAAAGUGGCAUUAGAUUCCAGCCAGUCCUAGAUGACCCGAUCAAUAACCAAAGUACAGCGAAACGGGUGGUCGUUGUGUCCGGGAAGAUUUAUUACGAUCUUGUCAAGGAACGUCAAACGAGAAAUUUAGACCAGGAAGUUGCAUUUGUUCGACUUGAAGAAUUGGCGCCUUUCCCUUUCCAUGCGCUCGAGAGAGUGCUUGAUGGGUACGAGUCGAACGAUCCGGAGAUCGUUUACCUUCAGGAGGAACCUAGGAAUCAGGGUGCCUGGCCUCAUGUGCAGGAGAGGAUUGGGGAAGUUUUGAAGGUGUUGCGGCGGGAUGGGAGGGUUGAGUAUAAGGGGAGGAAGGAAAGUGCGUUACCGGCACCUGGCGUUGGGAAGGUGUAUAAGCAACAGCAGGAAGCAGUGAUUAAGGGUGCGUUUGAGGGGAUGUGA